GCGAUUCCACCUUUUUUCCACGCGCCAAUUCAUCUUUCGCCACCGUCUGUAUAUCGCCCAUCUCGACCCGCCGUCUUCGAUCGGAUCUUUUUCACAGCUACACAAGAUGUUCGCCUCGUCCAGAAUGCUGUUCCGCGCCGUCGCCCCUAUCGGCCGCAGCGCCUUCCACACGUCUGCUCGCCGUAUGGCUGAUGCUCCCCUCGUCGCCAAGAGACCGAUGGGUGCUUUCCGUGGAGGACUCUUCGGCUUCCUCUUCGGCAGUGUUCUCGCCGGUAGUAGCGUUUACACCUACCUCCUUUCCGAGUAUAAGAUCUCCAACGACCUCCUCACCGAGGAUAUCUACACUCUUCAGGCCUCUGUUACCCGCUUGACCAACUACGUUAAGAGCCUCGAGCAAAUAGCACAGGAGAAGAAGAAGAAGGACUAAGAUGCUAGGGGAGCCGAAACGAAUAACGCCGGGGUAUUACGGGAAUGCGCGUCACAGAAGACGAUAGAGGAAAAGCAUCAAAUAAUAUCGUCUGGAGCUUGACAGAGUGGAAAACCAACUGUUGUAGGGUAUAACAGUCCUGUAUCAAUACAAAACUAACAUCUUCAUGUUCAUCAUCUCUACUAGCAACAUAGUACAACAAACCUCAUAACGGGUCGGACUACAAACACAUUCUAGUCACUUUGACAUAUCACAAAAGCGUAAUGGGAACGUUCGGUGAAUCAUACAAUGUUGGUAUACAUUUAUCCACUAAAUAAAAAAGUAGAUCGGGCAUCUUCAUCGGCCACAACAGGCAUAGAAACUCCUUUCUCCACUGGGGUCUUAAUUUUCAACCCCGUCCUCUUCCAUCUGUGGAAAUCUUUCGUGAAAAAAUGAGACAUUACUUUCUUUGAGGUUUUUUUCAUUUUCCUUAAUGUUUUGGUUUUACAAGGCAAUGGCUGCAUUUACAGCUCAUCGUGGUCCUCGGCCUCCUUCUUGGGCUCCUCCUUGACAUCCUCAGCCUCCUCAGUGGCGGCGGGAGCGGCCUCCUCGGUAGCCUCCUCCUUGGGGGAGAGGACAGCCUUGUGAGUACCCUUCUCACCGAUGAACUUCAUGAGGUCCUCGACAGUGCGGGCACCCUCGUAGGUGAUAGGGUUCUUCUUGUCACCAGCGGUGAAGAGCUUGAUGGUGGGGAAGCCCUGGAUCUCAUCAGGGACAUCGUUGAGGGUAGCGUCAACCUUGGCAAUGACAACCUUGUCCUUGAACUCGGACUCGGCGAACUGGGUGCCGAGGUCGUCGUACUUGGGGGCAAGAGCCUUGCAGUGACCGCACCAGGGAGCGUAGAACUCAACAAGGACAUCCUUCUUCUCGUCAAGGACAAUCUCGUCGUAGUUCUUGGCAACGACAAUGGUGACGGGGCCAUCCUGAGACUCGGGGAUGGGCUCGGACUUGAUGGAGGGCUCGAGCUUGCCACCGACGAAGUCCUUGACGAACUUGGCGAUGUUCUCCUUGGUGAGCUCCUUCUCCUGGUCGAAGGGGAACUUCUGGUUCUUGGCAACCUCCUGGAUGGCGAAAGAGGGGAACUUGUCGGUCUUGAGGUUCAGGUUACCGGCGUGGGCGCCGAAGGUCUUGGCAUCAAUGGUACCAAAGUUAACCUUGCCCUUGAACUCCUCAGCGAUGGCCUUGAAGGCGGUGCUGAGCUCAGCACGCUCCUCAGCGGUCUCAGAGAAGAUGUAGGCGAGGGGGAGGCCAGCGGACAUAUAGUCAGCGUAGGUCUCGGGGCCAAUCUCGCCAAUGAGAGGGGUAGCGGCGGUCUUGGCGAACUCCUUGAUCUCGUCGGCGUCGAACUUCUUACCGGGGUAGAUGUUCUUGCCCUCGUCGAAGGACUUGUAGACGACGAUGGCGGGGGCCUUGACACCCUCAGCCUCAGCAACAGCGGCGUCAGUGACGGCACCGAAGAGGUAGUUGUUGCGGAGCUCCUCAGCAACCUUGCCGAAGGUCUCGGUAGAGGCCUUGUCGUCGGCAGAGGUGUAGGCGACAACGACAACGUUGUCGGCAGUCUUGAAGUCCUCAAGAGUGUCCUUGUCGAGGGUGGAAACAGCGGGGAGGGACUGCUUCACCAUGUAGGAGCUGAUGGCACCAGCCUUGCGCUGGCCGCCGUAGGGGGAGACGUUGUCAAGGCCCUUGAAGACCUUGAGGGUAGGGUAACCCUCAACGCCGUGGUCCUUGCAGAGGUCAGCCUCCUCAGUGCAAUCAAUCUUGGCGAGCUUGAUGUUCUUCUCCUUGAGGGUGGUGGC